AGAAUUUCGGGCUCAAGACAUGGAGCCUGAAUUGCGGUUCAAAGGAUUGCCACGGCAUGACAAGGAGUUGCUGCAAAGAUGGGACAAGUCCAUGCAGAACUCCAAGACAAAGAAUGACUUCGCAGCACUGCUGAAGAAGGUGGUCCUGUUCCAAGAGGCACCGGAGAGCUUUCGCCAGCAGCUCUGCGAUGCGGUGGUGCCGGCGGAGUACUCUGGUGGACUUCUUUAUCGCCAGGGCGACCCAGGCGAGUGGAUGUGCAUCGUUCUGUCGGGACACCUCGAGAAGUCCAUCCUCCGCGAUCCGUCGCUGCCGGAAAUUCCCAUCGGCGACGUGGCUCCGGGUGGCAUUUCUGGAGACAUGGGCAUGCUUGGUGUGAGCAAAGUUCGAAGCCAUAGCUGCCGCUGUGUGGAGCAAUCCUCGCUCCUUUUGCUUUCGCGGACGGCCUUUGCUCAUUUGGUCGAGGCUACAGGAGGUCUGGAAGAGCAUCCACUGCUAAAGCAGUUGGAGAAGAUGCAGAACCUAACAGGCGACAUUGAGGCGUUUUGCGACCUACCCUGCUUCGCCAAGAUGGAGCGGGAGUGUGUCAGGAAGAUCUGCGAAUUUCUGGAGCCAAGGCUCUACUAUCCAGGAAUGGCACUGAUGAAGGAAGGGGAGAUGGGCUUUGAGAUGUUCAUUCUUCACUCGGGAAAAGUGGAAGUCUUGAAAGGCAGCAAGGUGGUUGCUGAACUUGGUGGCGGCGUUGUUCUAGGUGAUGUAGCGGUGCUGGGCUCGGACAAGCGAAGAAGUGCCACAGUCAAGUGCUUGGAAUGCACCUUGGUUUACGUGCUCAAUGGGGAGGUGGUCCAAGAGACCUUGGAGAAGUUUCCUGUGACCAAGACGGUCUACGACCAUGACUACAUCGCGCGCUUGCUGCGCUUUGAGCUGGAGAAGGCAGCGGAUGAGGUGGAGCACCUUGAGAAUUUCUAUGGCAAGUGCCAUCCGAUGAAAUUGGACCAGGUCAGCAGUGAGAUCUUUGGACGGAACGUGGAUUUCUAGUCUCGCCAGUCAGACGGAACGCGAUGGCCAGGGUGCCAACAAGGUGCCAAUAUGGCUGUCUCUGGGCAAAGGGUCAAGUCAACUGGAGAGUUCAAGAAAUAGCGAUGGCCUCCAACCUACUUGCGAUGGCCUCCAACCUAAUAGC